GAAAUGCCUCUGCCUCACUCACACCCACCAACCCUUACCUUCCGCCAACCGCUCUCUACCAGAACCUCACUCGUGAUGCCAAUCUCUUUUGGGAGAAGCUUCGAUCUUUUCACAAAUCAUUCGACACCAAAUUCAAGAACGCAGCAACAACAACAACAACAACAUCAACAUCAUCAGCUUCAGAAUGUUGGAAACGGAAAUGCCAACCCUUACCCUCCGCCAACCGCUCUCUACCAGGACCUCACUCGUGAUGCCAAUCUCUUCUGGGAGAACCUUCAAUCUUUUCACAAAUCAUUCGGCACCAAAUUUAAGGUUCCUACUAUAGGAGGAAAGCCGCUAGAUCUAUAUCGCCUUUUUAUAGAAGUAACAUCUCGUGGUGGUCUUGAAAAGGUACUUGACGAUCGUAAAUGGAAGGAAGUGAUUCUGGCUUUUAAGUUCCGAGAUACCAUAACCAGCGCAUCAUUUAUGGUGCGCAGGUACUAUUUAUCGUUGCUUUAUCACUUUGAGCAAGUAUAUUAUUUUCGGAAGCAAGUCCCUCCUUCCUCAACACCUGACCCUGGCAAUAGGAGCCUUGCCAAUAGCUCCACACCCAUUAGGGAAGGUGCUGCUGUGAAUGAUAUACCUGUUCAGGUUAGUCCAGCACAGACACCUGGUUCUGUGGUGCCUGGAACAAUUGAUGGGAACCUAAAUGCAGUUAGUCCAGUACCAACACCUGGUUCUGUGGUGCCUGGAACAAUUGAUGGGAAAUUUGAUGGUGGGUAUAUAGUUACAGUGAGCCUGGGUUCUGAACAGGUGAAAGGUAUCCUGUAUCAUGUUCCUGACAAUGUGUCUCAGAGUUCUUAUGCUGAAGGCAUGCCUAGUUCGCGAAAGAAAUCAAAAUCGGCAUUACGUGAUCCAUCUCUACCAAAGUCGAACAGGAGUGGUUACAAUUUCUUCUUUGCUGAGAAUUAUGCCAGGCUAAGGCCCUCAUUUCAAGGGCAAGAGAAAGAAAUUAGUAAGAGGAUUGGGUUUCUGUGGAGCAAUCUGUCUGAAGCAGAAAGACAGGUUUAUCAGGAUAAAGCACUGAGAGAUAAGGAAAGAUACCAGACUGGAAUGCAAGAGUACAAAUCCAAUCAUCCAGCUCCUCAGUAGACUUAACAUGAGAUUCUUAGACUGAUAUUUUAUAUGACUUCACUUUUUGUCUUUUGCCCUUACCCUUGUUAUGUUUAAUUUUCCUCGUCAUUCUAGAGAGAUUUUACCCAUGAGAAAACUGAUGGCUGAGAAGGGAGGGUUUGUGUCUUUGUGAGAAUUCUGGUGUAGAUUAUGAUGAAUGAUUUUGAAAAACAUUUUGUUGUUAACUUUAUAGUCGUUGCUCUCAAAA